AUGGCCCGCUCGCUUGUGGUCCUGGCAGUGGCAUUGGCUACCAGCUUCCUCCUGCCUCUGAACUUCGUGUUUCCCGUGACGCCCCGCUUCGCGCCGUCGAUCUCGCACGUGGCCUUACAGGAGAAGGCCAACGAGAAGCAAGGGCCCCAGGACUUCUCCGUCGCUCCCGUUCCGGCCGCGUUCAUCGCCAUGCUGGCCGGGCUCAUUCUUGGACUCUUCGCCAUGCCGCAGGACGUUGAGGCAGGAACUGGCAAGCUGCGACCCUACUUCCAGUUGGAGCGGCCAGCCUACAUGCAGGGCAUCGAUGCCGCAAACGCCGCCUGGAGGCCUGGUGAGAUCGACUUUGUCACGCGCUCCCGCUUGGAAGCCGCGCAGUUCCCGAAGGCCCUCCAGGUGGCUGCCUAUGAUUCUGAGAGAUCUCGGGAAGACUUUGAUGCACAUGGCGGCGAAGCUCGCGCACCUGUCUAUAAGCAUUGUUUGGAGGAGCUCGAACGUGAGAAGGCGAUCAUGGCCAAGGCACCCACCAAGGCGUUUUAA